UUUAUCACUAAAAACCACCUUUUCCACCAGUUCGGCAAAAUGUACAACAUCUCCACGUCUGACCACCACCAAGAAUUACCAGACCUUGCAGCAGAAUCACGAGCCUCAAUCGGAGCGAAAUGUGGUGGAAUAGUUAUAAUGUUCAUUUUACCAUUCCUCUUCGGAAUAGCCCCAAUCAAAGCGUCUAAAAUGAAAAACGCAGCUAGAUUUACAAGCAUUGCUAGCUGUUUUGGAGGGGGUGUUUUCUUCGGGACAUGCUUUACUCACUUAAUACCAGAGGUAGCAGUAGAGAUAAACCUAUGGCGAGACAGCAGUGACAACAACUUUCUGAAAUCUCUACCAAUAGCAGAGAUACUGGAGUGUAUUGGUUUUGUGAGCAUACUCCUGGUGGAGAGUAUGGUGGACUCCCAUGGGCAUGGCCACAGUCACGGCCAGCCAUUAACAGACGCAAAUGGGAACAAGGAAGAAACUGUAUCAUUAAAAGAGAUGGGUGAGACGUCUUCUUUGAGGAUAAGCUCUGUCAAUCCCCCACCUGUAGCACAGCCCAAGAAAAAAAGCGUAGGAGUGUUGAUAUUCGCACUAGCUGUUCACUCUGUAUUCGAAGGACUAGCUAUUGGCGUGGAAGCAAAAACGAUGACCUUCAUCCAACUUGCUGGAGCAAUACUUAUACACAAAUGUGUGGUGGCGUUUGCUGUGGGAACCCGGCUUAUAGACGCUGGAUUGAAAAUUAAAGGCAUUCUAACGAGUUUGACGAUAUUUUGUAUAAGUACGCCAAUAGGUAUUGCGGUAGCUAUGGGGAUAUUAGAGACUCUUGCUUCAGGAUCUCAUACAACUAUGGCUCUUGUUUCAGGUUUGAUACAGGGUCUGAGUACAGGUUUCUUCCUUUAUAUCACAUUUGUUGAGAUGAUCUGCGAUGAGAUCAGGGACGGCAAAGAUAUGAUGCUCAAGACGCUGUUUCUAGCUAUUGGAGUACUUAUCAUCGCUACCUCGACUGUAGUACACAACUACAGUAUGCUGAUACGAAUGGACAAUUAGCUUCUUAAUUAAUUACUCUAAGUUUAUUACCCCCAACCUCAGCAGCCCUCCCUUUAAUCACAAUGAAACAUCAUUCACAGUUGUUUUACAGGGCUGUCCGAUUAUUGUGGUGAGUAAUGAUAUGAGCAAUAAUCACAGCGGACCGGACCUUUAUAGAGAUUCGAUCGAUUAGGAUGUUAAUUAUGAGUUUUUCCAAUUGUGUUUUACGCCUAAUUAGAGUCUGGCUUAAACGUGUUUCUACAAAUUGAUCAAUUUAAGUGUAACGAGGAACAUCCCUAUACCCAUCCAUAAUAUUCCAUAUUAAAAUAUUUUUAACACUAAAUUAUUAUUCCGGUUUAACAUCCGUUGAGCUUUUGGUAUGUAAAAUGUUUAUUCAUCGUGUACAAUGCGUGAAAACUGAAAGAUGCAGAUUUUUUAUUUUGUAAAUCGAACGUUGAAUAGGAUUUAUAUUCGUUGAGGACAACACAUCAUUUUCAAUUAUAAAAAUAGUUUUUUUUUAUUUAUUCGAUAAACAUGAUGAACAAUUAAUAUCAAUUUGCCAAAUGAAAUAAUCCCCGAAAAUGUUUACAUUGAUGAAUUGAUGAAUGAAUUGAUGACAAAUUUUCAUUGAGGGAUGAUAACUAGAGGCAAAAUAAGGUGCUGUGGUUUACGAAUGAUAUCCUAACAUGAACCACCUUAUCAUAAUUAUCACGGACAUUACGUUCACGCUGAAGACCUUAGCGUGAAUAAUUAUGUUUGUGAUAAUAAUGUCUGUGGCAUUAUGGUCCGGUAAAUAUUUCCAUUGAUUUUAGUGUGUGUGUGUCCCUAGUCCUACAUAUGCGUAGACAUGUGUGUUGCUGAUAACUAGAUUAGCUUAUUAUAGGAUAAAUAUUAUCACUCCUCAGUCACAUUCUAGAAUUCGGAAAAAAAGUAAGAGAUGAGCCAAAAAACAGAUUUUCGUGAGUAUCUUAAAAACUAAGCACUUGAGACCUUAUAUUGCUUCAUAACUUGUUUAUAAAUAAGGCUAUUGCAGUUAUUUUAGGCCAAUAUUCAAGUCUCUAAGUCUUUUAGAAGCCGAGAUACAAAAAUCCCAAAUUUUCGCCUGAGGGCAAUUUAGAAAUUUCGCCCUGUAGGACUGGGACUAGCGAUACAAAAUGGGUACCUAUGACUUUGGUUUGGACUGACCUAAUGAAACUGAAAGACCCUGUGUUGUCGAAAAAUUGUGGACAUGGAAGUGCACACUCAACUACACUGAACACUCUGCUACUAGUACUAGAGUAAUAGCAACUACAAACUUCUGAAGCAAAUAGUAGUGCUAUAACAUAUUUUUCUGAAAAAUUGUUACAC